AUGGGUAUCAUACGAGCGCACUCGGUCUUGUCGGCUGCUACAACAUACUGGGCCGAGACCGCGUACACCGUGGAGCAGUUCGUGGCGCAGGCAGGAAGCGUCGGCAGUGGCGGAACUCAAUGCAGCGAGGGCACCAAGCUGUUGGCGAACGACACCAUCGACGUGUUGCUUGGCAAUGUCUUCGAUCUCGACGUCGAAGAGUCCGACGACGAACCUUCACGAGUCGAUUCCAAUGACACAGAUGACGCAACGUUUCCCACGACGUUGGAAGUAGAGACCGAAUGGGCGUGCUUCAACUUGCAUCGCGUCGAGUUUCAUUGGUUACAAAUGCACAAGCACGAUCCACAACGCAGCCCCAUGGAUGUAUCGUUCAUGAAGGAGUUGUGGGAAGGCAUGAAGUUCCCCGAGAAGAAGCUGUACAGCGCCGAACAAGUCGAACGCCUCGCGCGGUCGGCCAUGGCGCUGGCGUACUUUCGACAGUCCAUGGAGCCCCAUAUACCCAGAAAUGACGUCAAAGCCAUCACUUAUGACCCACUUCCAGUCGUUAGUAGCAUCGCGAAGGACAUAUCGAAUCUAUCCGCCUCGCGAAUACAAGACGUGGCCAAGAAGUACCCUGCUACAUCGCUACCAACCGACAAGGAGCAUGCAACAGCCAAGGCAGAGGAGAAACCAAGGUAUCAAUCACCCCCUCCAAGCUGA